UUGGUUAAUGGUGAAAUAACGCUGGAUCGUGGUGGAGGUAACGUUGGUUAGUGGUGGGAUAACGCUGGAUCGUGGUGGAGGUAACGUUGGUUAGUGGUGGGAUAACGCUGGAUCGUGGUGGUGGUAACGUUGGUUAGUGGUUGGAUAACGCUGGAUCGUGGUGGAGGUAACGUUGGUUAGUGGUGGAAUAACGCUGGAUCGUGGCGGAGGUAACGUUGGUUAGUGGUGGGAUAACGCUGGAUCGUGGCGGAGGUAACGUUGGUUAGUGGUGGGAUAACGCUGGAUCGUGGUGGAGGUAACGUUGGUUAGUGGUGGAAUAACGCUGGAUCGUGGUAGAGGUAACGUUGGUUAGUGGUGGGAUAACGCUGGAUCGUGGCGGAGGUAACGUUGGUUAGUGGUGGAAUAACGCUGGGUCGUGAUGGUAAGCAUGACAAAAGUUGUGUCCAUUGCACGCGUCAACCGAACCUUAAGUAAAUUACUCAAGAUGGAAAUUUUAAAAGCGUUCAUUCUUCUAGCAUGUUCAGUGUAUGCGACAUGUGCAGAAGAAUCGUCAGCGUAUGCAGCAGUUGCAACAGAGAAAGCAAACCUCUAUGGCACUCUGUCAGUGUUGACCGACCAACAACUCCAUGGGACUGUGCUAUUGAGGAUGAUCCCAAAUUUUGACAUGAAUAUAAGCGUUGUUUGGAAAUACGCCUUCAAAAAUGGUUCAAUUGCAAGUGCCAGAACAGUUACACCAAACAACACAAACUUCCGGUUGUAUGAAAAUGAUGCUUUAUACUUAAUGCUUAAAAACGCAAGCAUUGACUACAACGAAACUUACUUUUGGGUUGAGCAGUCAGACAGGAGAAAAGUUAUGUCGCCAUUUAUUCAGCUGAUUCUGAAAGAUACAUGUAACACCAAUACCAACAAGAAUGCAGAUCAUACUUUGUUUCCUCUCGUUUUGUCAUCGACCAUUGGAAUCGGUGUUGUGUUCUUGCUCUUUAUAGGAAACUUGAUAUUCUUCAUUCCUGCUAUCAAGAAAACGGAUUUAUAUCAAAGACUGGUGUUGAGAAGAAGGGGUAAUACCGGAACCCAAGAACAAGAUUACAUCGCUUGUUAUGAAGAAAAACCUUCAUCUAGAGCUUGUACAUACUGUUUACAGAUAUAGCUCCAAAAGCAUCUUAGUGACAAAGUUGUUUUUAAGGAAUAGACUAAAAAACCUAAUUGAAUUAUUAUGUUUCAAAAUUGUAUCCAUGCAGGUUGUAACUGACAUAUGUCAAAUGCAUAUCGGAUCAUGCUGUGUUUGUAACUUACGUCCAUGACCAAGUUGUUACGGUUGUUUUCGGAGCUCAUGGGAGAUGACCGAGGUGUUACGGUUGUUUUCGGAGCUCAUGGGAGAUGACCGAGGUGUUACGGUUGUUUUCGGAGAGCUCAUGGGAGAUGACCGAGGUGUUACGGUUGUUUUCGGAGCUCAUGGCAGAUGACCGAGGUGUAACGGUUGUUUUCGGAGCUCAUGGCAGAUGACCGAGGUGUAACGGUUGUUUUCGGAGCUCAUGGCAGAUAACCGAGGUGUAACGGUUGUUUUCGGAGCUCAUGGGAGAUGACCGAGGUGUAACGGUUGUUUUCGGGGCUCAUGGGAGUUGACCGAGGUGUUACGGUUGUUUUCGGGGCUCAUGGGAGAUGACCCGAGGUGUUACGGUUGUUUUCGGAGUUUAUGGCAGAUGACCGACUUGUUAAGAUUUCACGAGGGCGUCUAGAACGGAGUCGAAAGAUACACUUAAACAUUUUAUGAAACAAAGGCAACAGAGACUUCAAAAUGCUACAAUCAGUUAAUAAACUGAGGAUUCCAUUGCAAAGGUCCAGAUGUUAUAGACACAAUAAACAUGAGAUUUA